AUGCCUUCCCCUCCUGCGCUUCUCUUCUCGCUCACCUCCCUGACUCCAGGCCGCACAGGCGAUCCCAGGCCACUGCAGAGCGGCCGCCACUUUCACGUUGCCCGCGUCCCCCUUCUUCCGGUCGUGCUCCACAAUAUGGCGUUCACUCCACAGCAGAUCACAUCCGGGCCCGCGGACAACGCGAACCCGGCGAUCCUUGAGACAAGAGCCGCUGGCGCAUGUUGUCCGUGUGCGACUACAUCGGCGACACGCAUGCGCACCUCGUCGGGCUCGUGA